UAAUGUCUCUGUGUUGAAUCGGAUAAUUUCGAACAAAUCCAUUUAUUCAAGGGUGACCAAUUUCCCCACCCAUCUACCUCACCAGCGUUGGGUCUUUCUCAUGUUUGAAUCUCCGGACAAUAGUUGGACUAAUAUUUCCGAGUGGAACAAUAUUUUCGAUUGGACGAUGUCAUAUAGGCGAGAUUCGGAUGUGUUUAUUCCGUACGGAGAACUUAUGCCAAUAUCUGGACAAUCUGAAAGGAUUGUUCUCUCAGCAAACAUUAGUUCACGGAAAUUGGUCGCUUGGGCAGUUUCGAAUUGUGACAUGGUGUCCAGCGAGAGGAAAGCUCUAGUUGACGAACUGUCAAAAUUUAUUCCCAUUGAUGUGUAUGGUACGUGCGGUGUGCAUCAUUGUCCUGGGAAUUCAAGGGUACAAUGCAAUGAUCCUCAAAGAUGCUAUGAAUAUUUGGGACAUCGCUACAAAUUUUAUCUAUCUUUUGAAAAUUCAAUUUGCCAAGAUUACAUCACAGAAAAGUUUUUUCUUGCGUUGUCAAAUGGGAUGGUGCCCGUGGUUCAUGGGCCCAGCAAAAAUACGUAUCAAAAUCUCGCCCCCCGCAAUUCCUUCAUCCAUAUUGCUGACUUCUCCAGCUUAAAGGACUUGGCCGACUAUUUACUACACUUGAACCAAAAUGAUGAGGCGUACAUGAAGUAUUUCAGUUGGAGAGAGGAUUUUGUAGUUGAUAAAACUUAUUAUUUUCAUAGAGCUUGGUGCUCCUUGUGCAUAAAACUGUAUGAAGAAAUUACACCAAUAAUAACGCCUACAGAAAUUAUUAAGCAAAAACAAAAUCAUAUAUAUGCUAGUAUUCACAACUGGUGGUUUUAUACAAAUGGGUCAUCAACGAAGAAGAAACUUUGUAGACGAGUUACAGUGAAAAAUGGAACAUUUAAGUAUUAUGAAUAAUUAAUUAGUAUGAGCACUAAGAAAUUUGUUA